AGCGAGGCGGACGCGUGCGUUUGUUAUGUCAAAAGUCGCACGAGUAGACUGAUUGUUACUACGUAUCCCUUCGACGGACCUUUAAAAGAAGGAACGGAUUCUGACCGAGCGUUAGUUACUCGCCGAGUAACUCGCCUGUAAGACACUCUUCACCGUCUUCGUCGUCGUCGUCGUCGUCGUCGUCGUCGUCGUCGUCGUCGUCGUCGUCGUCGUCAUCAUCAUCAUCGCCGUUUCCAUGCAUCGUUCAAGCACGCGGCCGAACACGCGCCGACUCGGGAUGCACCAGGUAUUUAUGUAGUACCGACCAUCGCCGCCUUAGGGUAUCGCAUAUUCGCCCGCGCAUCCACGUCUCGCCGGAAGAACGAGGGUCUCGUCGAGGAAGCGCGAACAUAGUCGUCAUCGUCAAGAGGAAGAGGAGGAGGAAAGGAAUCGGUCAAAACGGAAGUAGGACCGUCGUGGCGACGAUGGAUCAGAAACGCGUAUACAAGAUUGUGCUGACCGGAGGACCAUGUGGUGGCAAAACGACCGGGCAGACCAGACUGUGUACCUUCUUCGAGAACAUGGGCUGGAAGGGUUCAAAUUUCAGGAAAAUCUUCUGCGCACGAUGAUACAAAUAGAGAACACGUUUUUUCAAUUAGGUGAAAGCUGCUCGAGAAAUUGCUUGAUCAUCUGUGAUCGCGGCGCGAUGGACGCCUCCGCUUUUAUUUCGAAGGAUAAAUGGGAACUCAUGAUGGCUUCCAACGGAUGGAACAACGUCGAGCUAAGAGACAACAGGUACAAUCAAAUCAUUCACAUGGUUUCGGCGGCGAACGGCGCAGAGGAGUUCUAUUCCACGGAGGAGCACGCGUGUCGCUCGGAGGGUGUCGAGCUCGCCCGCGAACUCGACUACAAGGCCGCGGCCUCCUGGAUCGGCCAUCCAUACUUCGACGUGAUCGACAACUCGCAGGAUUUCGAGACCAAAAUCUGCCGAAUGAUCGAAUGCAUAUGCCAGAAACUCGGCAUCGAUACUGGUGAUCGGUUGCGUUCCAGCAGUCGCAAGGUCAAGUUCCUCGUGAAAGCACCGCUACCGGCGGAUACCGAGUUUCCGGCUUUCCAAGACUUCGAUGUCGUGCAUAAUUACCUGCAAAGCAACAAUCCCAAAAUGCAGGCGCGUUUACGCAAGCGCGGCCAGAAAGGUCAUUGGUCAUAUAUUCACACGAUUCGUCGACCGAAGAUGUGCGGCCAAGUGAUUGAGGUGAAAACCCAAUUGACCCAUCGAGACUAUCUAAACAUGCUGGCCCAGCGCGACGAUUCGCACUUCACCAUCUUUAAGCGCCGUCGGUGCUUUCUGAUCAACAAUCAGUAUUUUCAGUUAGAUAUAUAUAGAGAACCGGGUCAUCCCAGAUGUCGAGGCUUGAUGUUACUCGAAACGUAUACAGCGUUGACGGGCGAUGACCUAAAGAACAUCCUGCCUCAAUUCCUGACAAUCGAGAAAGAAGUCACUAACAACCCGGAUUACAGCAUGUUCAAUCUUAGCUUGCGCGCAGAAUGGAACAGCACUAAUAAAUAUUGUCUCAACAUGCACGGCAUGAUGCAAUUGCCGGAGAAUCAAGGUAUCAAUUUCUCGAAAAGCUUAGUAGAAAUACAAAGCAACGGGCUCGAUUGCAAAGCGAGCGGUACAUUAAGUUCUAAUUUAAAUGGUCAGCAAUCAAACGGUCAAGCAAUCUGCAAUAAGAGCAUCAAUGGCGUACAAAAUGGUCUUGCAAACGGUAAGGCGACGUUCGCCGAGCGAUAUAAUAUAAAUGGAGAUGGUCGAAAACCGGAAGUUUGUAAUGGCGAUCCGACUACGAAGCUGGAUGAAAGUUUACGAAAACUAAGAGUCGAGCCGCAGGAGAAAAGAUUCGAUAAUAGAUUUUAAUGGUGACAUGCCUGCGGAAAAAUUAGAACGUAAGAAAAUCAUUCAACAUGCCACUUGCGAAUAAUUCCGAACUGUAGCACGGACUUAUCAGUAUCGGCGCGGAUUAUUUGACUUAACAGUGUUGAGUAAAUAGCAACUAUUAGCCUCUGAUAGAACCUCUGAAAUGUCACAUAGAUAAUAUGUCUAUUUUUUAAUGGGGCUUGCGUGUCGUACUUAAGGAAUCCUUGUGUGAAAGUUCUACGGCUGAUUUUGUCAACGUCGAUCGAACUUGAAUCGGAAUCCGAUGCACUCUACUAAUCUUUCGAAACAUUCUUUCGAAAACAUGGCGAAGUUUUUGCACGAGUUUCAGAGAAGAUCAAUACUUAAAAGAUAUACAUCUAUACUUAAAAGAUUUUUAAAUAAUAGAUUUUUCGCUUUAACAUUUUCUUACGAUUUUAAAAGACCCCUCCAAACAAAUUCCAGAUGAAAAAAGAAUUGGAGUGAAAACACAAAUGAUUGAAGAUAUAUAUAUAUAUAUAUAUAUAUAUGUAUAUCUUCAACUUUUGUAUGGUCGAAAAAUAAGUUUUAUUGUAAUUUAACUCAUUACUCAUCUCUUUCUAAAUUUAAUUUCAGAAGGAGGUGAAGAAUAAGUUAAACGAAAAUUAAAUGACGUUGCUGAAACGAGGCUUUGGUAAAUUUUCGAUAAAGUCCCAUUGAACGAGCAAUGUCCAUUGAUGCACCGAGUAUUUGUACUUCGCUUUACUUUAUAUACUAGUUUACUCUACUCUAUUUUACAUACCGUAUCUCAAAUAUUGUCUAUCAACUUUUGAAAGCACGAGAGAGCAAUUGUAAUAGAGACAUGCAUAUAUUAUAUCACGGCGUUCGAAUACGCAAAGAAGAAAUCGAUUAUUUCGGACAACGAUUUUAUCGUGUCCCAAGGAAUGUUUGAAGAAUUUUCUUGAAACUAUCGCAAAAUUUAUUGGAAAUCUAAGAAGUGUUAAAUGUAUUAUCCCUUUAACUUUUAUUUAUAUAUAAUGUUAUGCCAAAAAAGAAAUGUCAAAACAUGUGUAUUGAAAAUUAUAUUCUGAUGAAUUGUAGCAUUUUGCGACAUAUGCGGUCAUAGAGCAAAAGUUCAUCAAAAGAGCAAUAUUCUUUACUAAAUUUCGAAAUAGCAUGAGCCGCAAUCGAAUUCGAAUUCACUGAUUAUCAGGCGAUCUAUGAGCCUCUAAGCCAUACAGUAAUGCGAUGUCGAAGCUUACAGAAAUUUUAAUGAGUUAUCAGAUUUAUCAGUAAGAAAACUAAAUAUUAAGAUACUUCGCAAAAUUUUUUAAGAGAUAUUUUGAUUUGCGGCAGUUUUGGCGCAAAUUGCUCACAGAUAUAUAUCACAACUCAAUCAUAUAUACAAUAUGAUAAUUUUAUGUGACGAUCCUCUUUAUUCUCUAAUUAAGAGUAGAAUUCUGAAUCUCUAAAUAAAGAUUAGCUUAUGCUUGAUUUGAGCAACGGAUUGAAAUCGAUAUAAUUUUAUAACAAUAUUAUUUAUACUGCUCUCGAAGAGUUCCUACAUAUAUAUUUUGUAUAUUUAUUUUUUAUCUUUGUAAAGUAUUUUUUGGAAAUGAGUUUUUUCGAAAUUUCGAUUCUCUCGAGAGGAAUUAUGAGAUCUUUUCAAGGAUUAAAAGGGGGAGAGAGAGAGACGGUUGUAUUCUAUAUAUUUCCGAGCUCGCUUUUUCCUUUUUCAUCAAACCAAAGUGUUACAAUAUUAUUUCUUGUAGGGUGUUUUUCCCUAAUUUUUUUUUUGUAACAUCGACAAAUUUUUUUGCAAUUUUACAUUCGUGAGUUUAUAUGAUUCGCUUGCAUCUUCUUAACCUGUACAUGAAUUCAGGCAUCGAAAAGUUCUACAAUCUGAUAACUCACUCGUCAAAAAAGAAAAAAAAAUAUAUAUAUGUAUAUAAAAUGUGACGAUGACGAAAAGAAGAACUCAUUAUUGCAAUUGCGGCGAACUCUUAACGAUCGAAUGUAUCAGUACUUAAUAGGUGCUUGCCUGUAGAAAUAAUUAAGUUAAAUGUAUAUAAGGUGGCGCAAUCAUUUUCGUCGAAUCUACUAUUUCUGUGAUUAAUUGUAAUAUGUGUUGUCGAUGUGAUCGUAAAAGAUCUCGCAUAUAUCGGAUAAGAGGUUUGCUGGCAAAACGAAUUGCGAUAAAAAUAAGAAAAAAAUGAUUGUGCGAGAUCUCUGUAUUUUGCUCGUGACCCUAAAAGCCUCGGUGAUAAAUUCUGCGAUGACGUUUACUUUCAUACGUGUCGCUCUCGCAUUUUUCAUUACGCCAAACCAAUCAUUUGCAAAUUUUGCCACUGUUUAGAGACGAAGUGCCUGUGAAACAUUCAUUCGCGGAAAUAAAGAAAAGAGAAAGAAAAAAUAUAUGUAUGUAUGUAUAUAUAUAUAUAUAUAUAUAAAUAUAUAUAUGUACAAACGCGAAAGUCUAUAUUUUCAAUCGAGAGAAUGCAAUAGUGAAUUAUUAUCAACGCGCACUCAGUUUAUGUAGAUAAUGGGUCUGAAAAAAGCAGAACCUUGUACCCAUGAGCGUCUAAUAAAAAAAAAUGUCA